CGCACCGUCACCCUACUAUACAUCUCGAUCAAUACCUGGUAACAACACAUCAUUUUUUCUCAUGGGGUUGCAAUAUACACACAACAUCCCCAGAACAACGCACGCGUUCUCUCUUAAAUACACAUGUCCCAAUGAAUCGCAAUUGGCUCCUACAAGUCCUUCUCCUUUUGAUCAACCAACCUACCCCAUCCUAUGGCAGAGCACGAGCCAGAGGGGAAUCUACUCGACUGAGCAGCCGACAUUCCACUGGUCGUUGUUUUUUCUUCCAUCUCGAUUACCUUACCAACCCCGUUCCUAGCCUCACAGAGCCAGGUAUCGUGAUCGUAGCAAACCGUAAGACAAGGAUGGGGACGUUCGCUAUCCUGAGUUGCGUCCUCUUCUUCUUUCCCUCCCCUUCUUUCUCUCCUCACCUUUCUUUUUUCUCCUUCAGCGUCUCUCCCCUUCCCCAACCCGCAUCUGUCUGGUAUCAUGACGGCCCCGGCAUGUCCAACGUGGCCACGGUCCAGGGACACCCCAUCAAGUCGCUCCAAUCGGCAGAAAACACAAAGAAACAGAUCCUCCAGAAACAGGGUGAAAGAUAAAUAUCAAUACUAAUAUCAAACACAAAGCAGUGCA